GGAGGCGGAGGAGGCGGGAGCUGAGCUGAGCGGGGCGGACGGCGGCGGCGGGGCCCGAGCCCGAGAAGAUGGCGGUGCGGAAGAAGGACGGUGGCCCCAACGUGAAGUACUACGAGGCCGCGGACACCGUGACCCAGUUCGACAACGUGCGGCUCUGGCUCGGCAAGAACUACAAGAAGUAUAUACAAGCUGAACCACCCACCAACAAGUCCCUAUCUAGCCUGGUUGUACAAUUGCUACAAUUUCAGGAAGAAGUUUUUGGCAAACAUGUCAGCAAUGCACCACUCACUAAACUGCCGAUCAAAUGUUUCCUAGAUUUCAAAGCAGGAGGUUCCCUGUGCCACAUACUUGCAGCUGCCUACAAAUUCAAGAGUGACCAGGGCUGGCGGCGUUAUGAUUUCCAGAAUCCUUCACGCAUGGACCGCAAUGUGGAAAUGUUCAUGACCAUUGAGAAGUCCUUGGUACAGAAUAACUGCCUCUCUCGACCUAACAUUUUUCUGUGCCCAGAAAUUGAACCCAAACUGCUAGGGAAAUUAAAGGACAUUAUCAAGAGACACCAGGGAACAGUCACUGAGGAUAAGAGCAAUGCCUCUCAUGUUGUGUAUCCCGUCCCAGGGAACCUCGAAGAAGAGGAAUGGGUACGACCAGUUAUGAAGAGAGAUAAACAGGUUCUUCUGCAUUGGGGUUACUAUCCUGACAGUUAUGACACAUGGAUCCCAGCCAGUGAAAUUGAAGCUUCUGUGGAGGAUGCUCCGACUCCAGAGAAACCUAGGAAGAUUCAUGCAAAGUGGAUCCUGGAUACAGACACGUUCAAUGAGUGGAUGAAUGAGGAGGACUACGAAGUAAAUGAUGACAAAAACCCUGUCUCCCGCCGAAAAAAGAUUUCAGCCAAGACUCUGACAGAUGAGGUAAAUAGCCCAGAUUCGGACCGACGGGACAAAAAAGGGGGGAACUAUAAGAAGAGGAAGCGCUCCCCCUCUCCUUCACCUACUCCAGAGGCUAAGAAAAAGAAUGCUAAGAAAGGUCCCUCCACACCUUAUACCAAGUCAAAGCGUGGACACAGAGAAGAGGAACAGGAAGACCUGACAAAAGAUAUGGAUGAGCCCUCACCUGUCCCCAACGUAGAAGAGGUGACAUUACCCAAAACAGUCAACACGAAAAAGGACUCAGAGUCAGCCCCAGUCAAAGGAGGCACCAUGACGGACCUGGAUGAACAGGAAGAUGAAAGCAUGGAGACUACCGGCAAGGAUGAGGAUGAGAACAGUACUGGGAACAAAGGAGAGCAGACCAAGAAUCCAGACCUGCAUGAGGACAAUGUGACCGAACAGACACAUCAUAUCAUCAUCCCCAGCUAUGCUGCCUGGUUUGACUACAACAGCGUUCAUGCCAUUGAGCGGAGGGCACUUCCUGAGUUCUUUAAUGGCAAGAACAAGUCCAAGACUCCAGAAAUCUACCUGGCCUAUCGAAACUUCAUGAUUGACACUUACCGACUAAAUCCCCAAGAAUAUCUAACGUCCACUGCCUGCCGCAGGAACCUGGCGGGUGAUGUCUGUGCCAUCAUGAGAGUUCAUGCCUUCCUAGAACAGUGGGGGCUUAUUAACUACCAGGUGGAUGCUGAGAGCCGACCAACCCCAAUGGGGCCUCCGCCCACCUCUCACUUCCAUGUCUUGGCGGACACACCCUCAGGGCUCGUGCCUCUGCAGCCCAAGACCCCACAGGGCCGCCAGGUUGAUGCUGAUACCAAGGCUGGGCGAAAGGGCAAAGAGCUGGAUGACCUGGUGCCAGAGACGGCUAAGGGCAAGCCAGAGCUGCAGACCUCUGCUUCCCAGCAAAUGCUCAACUUUCCUGAUAAAAGCAAAGAGAAACCAACAGACAUGCAGAACUUUGGGCUGCGCACCGACAUGUACACCAAGAAGAAUGUCCCUUCUAAGAGCAAAGCUGCAGCCAGUGCCACUCGUGAGUGGACAGAACAGGAGACCCUGCUACUCUUAGAGGCACUGGAAAUGUAUAAAGAUGACUGGAACAAAGUGUCAGAACAUGUGGGAAGCCGCACGCAGGACGAGUGCAUCUUGCAUUUCCUUCGUCUUCCUAUUGAAGACCCAUACCUGGAGGACUCAGAGGCCUCUCUGGGCCCCCUGGCCUACCAGCCAAUCCCCUUCAGUCAGUCAGGCAACCCUGUCAUGAGCACUGUUGCCUUCCUAGCCUCUGUCGUCGAUCCCAGAGUCGCCUCUGCUGCUGCGAAGUCUGCCCUAGAGGAAUUCUCCAAGAUGAAGGAAGAGGUUCCCACAGCUCUGGUGGAGGCCCAUGUCCGCAAAGUGGAAGAAGCAGCCAAAGUGACAGGCAAGGCAGACCCAGCCUUUGGUCUGGAAAGCAGCGGCAUUGCAGGAACCACUUCUGAUGAGCCUGAGCGGAUCGAGGAGAGCGGGACCGACGAGACUCGAACAGAGGGCCAGGCCACAGAUGAGAAGAAGGAGCCCAAGGAACCCAGAGAAGGAGGAGGGGCUACAGAAGAAGAAACAAAGGAGAAAACCGAGGCUCCUAAGAAGGAUGAAGAGAAAGGGAAAGAAGGGGACAGUGAGAAGGAAUCCGAGAAGAGUGAUGGGGAUCCAGUAGUGGAUCCCGAGAAAGAGAAGGAGCCAAAGGAAGGGCAGGAAGAAGUGCUUAAGGAAGUGGUGGAAUCGGAGGGUGACAGGAAGACGAAAGUGGAGCGGGACAUUGGUGAGGGGAACCUCUCUACUGCAUCACCGUUUCCCAACCAACAAACUCCUCCCUCAAUGAUGCCAGGGGCAGUGCCAGGCAGCGGGCACCCAGGCGUGGCGGGUAAUGCUCCUUUGGGUUUGCCUUUUGGCAUGCCGCCUCCUCCUCCUCCUGCUCCAUCCAUCAUCCCAUUUGGUAGUCUAGCAGACUCCAUCAGUAUUAACCUCCCCCCUCCUCCUAACCUGCAUGGGCAUCACCACCAUCUCCCGUUCGCCCCGGGCACUCUCCCCGCACCUAACCUGCCUGUGUCCAUGGCAAACCCUCUACAUCCUAACCUGCCGGCGACCACCACCAUGCCAUCCUCCUUGCCUCUCGGGCCGGGGCUCGGAUCCGCCGCAGCCCAGAGCCCUGCCAUUGUGGCAGCUGUUCAGGGCAACCUCCUGCCCAGUGCCAGCCCACUGCCAGACCCAGGCACCCCGCUGCCUCCAGACCCCACAGCCCCAAGCCCCGGCACAGUCACUCCUGUGCCACCUCCACAGUGA